AUGCGAGGGAUAUCGAGUAGAUCACUUUAUUCUUUGACCCGAUCGCUGUUAUCGCACGGGAUCACAGUGGAGACAGCCGGUGGAUGCUACGGGGAAACACGUGCGCUCGGUUCAUUGUGGUCUGCUCUUCAAAGCCGCGGCGUUAAAGUUAACGCCAUUCAGUUAAGGCCAGGGAACGUUAUUGAGCGAACAGGACGUACUUUCCGGGUUGUAGAAUCAGAGCAUAAACAACAAGGCAGAGGAGGAGCCUCCAUACAGGUAGAGCUUCGCGAUGUUGACAACGGUAGCAAACUUAAUUUGCGUUUUGGAGCUGAGGAGUCCGUUGAGAAGGUUUUUGUUCAGGAGAAGUCGUUCACAUGUUUAUAUACAGAAGGAGAUACAGCAUUCCUGAUUGAGCCUGAUACGUUUGAGCAAGUUGAGGUGCCAUUGGACAUAUUUGGCAAAGCUGCUGUAUAUUUAAAAGAGGAAAUGAGAGUCCAGUUGCAGUUGUAUGACGGAAGAGCUUUAUCUGCAUCUGUUCCUAAGCAUGUCACAUGCACAAUCCAAGAAACACAACUUCCUAUGAAAGGCUUGACCUCAGCUCCUCGUUAUAAGAGAGCUCUCCUGGAUAAUGGUUCUACUAUUCAAGUACCAUCUUAUCUGGAGGCAGGUGAAAAGAUUGUGAUAAACACCGAGGAUGAUUCUUUUGUCAAGAGGGACAACAAAUGA